AAAUACUCCUCCCCAAUGAGAUGUGGAAACAUCUCCUCUCACAACCCAGAAGAAAUUAAUUAAGAAGAAUCCUAGAAACCUCACCUGCUCCUCCUCACCACCUCACCUCCUCUCUCUCUCUCUCUCUCUCUCUCUCUCUAAUCUUAUGUAAUCAUAUAUACCCCAUGCAAAAAAUAGAUCACAAGAAGAAACAAACUUCAUUGUAUAUAUACCACCCUUCUAAGUGAGAGGAGAGAAAAAGAGAGAGAGAGAAAGAUGAGGAGAUCAGAGGAUGAAGGGAGGUGCAAGAGACACCCAGAACACAGGCUAUGCAAAGGAGUUUGCCCAUAUUGCUUAAGAGAGAGGCUCUCUCACAUCUCAGCUUCUUCUUCUUCUACAACCACCAUGAACACCUCCUCCACCACCUCUUCUCCCUACUCAUCCAACUCUGAGCUCCCCUCCCCCACCACCUCUUCUCUUCUCAAAGACCCCAAGGAGACAGCAACAACAGCAACAGCAAGGCUCUCUGAAGGGCUAAGGAAGAGCAGGUCAUUGGCUUUUGUCAUAAAGGAGGAGGAGGAGAAGGAGGGGAAGAAGAUGAUGGAGGAGAACAUGGACAGGGAUAAAAAGAGUAAUAAGAAUAAGAACAAGGACAAGAAGAGCAAGAACAAGAAGAAGGUGGGGAGGUUUCUGUCUAAGCUUAUUGUUGGAUCAGAGAGGAGGAGGAAGCAGGUGGAUGGUGAUCAGUUGUUUCAUUCCAAGACCAUGAAGGAGAAGCCUUCUUCAAAGUGGGUAUGGUUUUAAACUUAUUGAAUUCUUCAUGCAGUAAUUUGUUUCCAUUUGUAUACAUAUGGGAAGUAAUGAGAACAAAAGUAUCAUGUAUAUACAUAUAUAUAUAUAGUGGUUAAUUUAGGAUAGAUAUAUAGGAAUUGUUGCAUGUAUGGAGACCUCUCAAUUGUAGGCAACCUUAAAAUUAAUAGGCCCUUUUUUUUUCUUUUUUUUUGGUUACUUUCGAUUGAAAUUUUAUCAACUUUCCAUGGUUUUGAUUAGAGUUUUUAAUUUCCUAAAUUCAGUCGAAAAUUUGUUAACUGUAAUGACUCUAUUAGUUAUCAACUGUUCACCCGCUUUUUAUAAUAUAUAUCUACAAUUCCAUGAGGUAAAAAUACAUUCAAAACAGUUAAUUUAUCAAAGUUUCUGUCAAAAAUAUUGAACAAAAUCUUCAAUAAAAUUGGUGGAAGCAAUUUGAAUUAUGAUUAAGAAUGGAAAGUUGAUAAAGUCUCAACCCCCAUAGUUUCGGAAAGAUCUAUAGUUGAGGGGAUUUUUUACACAUUUUUACCUAGCUAAAAAGAGUUCUUGUGGUUGCUGAGAUUUUCUAUGUAGAGCAUGAAGAGAUGUAAUUGCUUUGUAAUUGUAUUGAGAUCGAAUCUAAGUAAUUGUAUGUGUAAUUGAAUAUGAAGGGUAAAGAGAAUCAUUUGCCUAUCA